CCCGCUUCCCUUGACAUCGGCAACAUAAAGACCAGUACUAAAGACAUUGCCAUAUGGACCUUGAAACAGAGACUUUGAUUAUAGUAAUAACCAGACAUUUAUACAUUGUGUGGAUCUACGUGCGGUCUCCAUGCAUAAGCGCAGCAGGGAAAAAAGCUGGCUAAACGUUAAUGAAAACAGCAUGCAGCUCUAACUCAAAACAACAGGAUCCACAUCAAUCAUGUGUGUCAUUUAGGCUGAGGCGAAACUUGAUGCUUUGCCAGUCGUGACUCAGUAGGUAAUACUUCCUGUGUGAGUUCAUACAUUCGUCGUAAGUUGUGUUUGGAACACGAUGAAUUACGCGAUUAUUUUGCUUGCUGUAUUCGCCAUUCAAGGUAUUCGAAGACAAAAUUGUACUCGUACAAACCGUCAGAGCAAUAUCUGCGCCAAACCCUGUGAUCCAUCACAGAAUAAAUGCAAUCGAAGCGAAGAUUGUGUGUGCGAUGGUGACUGUGGCUAUAGUUGCGUGAAAAAAGAUCUUCAUUGUCCACGGCUGAGCCGAAUNAAUAACGGUCGACUUAAGUUAAAGAAUACUACCUUUAGGUCGGUCGCCGUAUAUAAGUGCAGAUCACCAUACAAGGUAGUAGGGUCGAAAAAGAGAACAUGCAGAGGAAAUGGCACCUGGGACGGUCAAGAGCCUACAUGCAAAAUGAUGUGCCAAGUCCCACGAAAUAUCUUAAACGGAUCAAUGAAGUACGAUAGCUUAGAAGUUGGACAAAAGGUAACGUAUACUUGCUCGCCUGGAUUCAUAAUGGAAGGCAGGAGCACGCUGACUUGUGCGAGGACUGGAACCUGGAACAGGGUCGAGCCAAAGUGCGUAUGCAAAAGAAACAAUCGUGAACCUUGGAAAUUCUGCAAGAAAGGGUGCAAUCCAGGCACAGCUGGCAACUGCAAAAACAACCAGGAAUGCAUUUGUGAUGGAGACUGUGGAUACAGCUGUGUCCUGAAAGCUCUGGAAUGUGGAAGACCAUCAAAAUUAGAAAAUGGAAAACAUAAGUAUUCCUCAAGAAGACUUGGGUCUGUUGUAAAGUAUCAGUGCAAUGAACCGUACACCUUGAUCGGACCCAAGAAGCGUACUUGUCGUGGCAUAAGGAGAUGGGAUGGCACUGACCCUUUAUGCAAAAUAAUCUGCAAAGAUCCUGGAAAUGUCGUUUAUAGUACCAAGCAACUGCACCGCCGACGAAAUUACGAGGAGGAUUAUUUGGAAGUAGGAGAUAGAGUGGAAUAUAAAUGCUUUCCAGGUUUUGAAAUGGAAGGCUCAAAAGAUCUUAUUUGUGGCUCAAAGGGGGAAUGGAAUAAAGAUAAGCCAAAGUGCAAACUGCCUACCUGCGAUCCUCCACGGCUUUCAGACAAUGCCGAUUUCAGGGUGCCUUCUCAGAAAAGGAAACGCUCGUUCAACUAUCAAGAGAAAGUACUUCUAAAGUGUCGAACGGGUUACUACCAAAACGGAAUGCUAGGUCUGCUAACAUGCGGACCGAAAGGACGAUGGGCUAGUUCUUCGUUCACUUGCUCUCCAAAAAGUUGCGGCAGGCCACAAAUUCCUCGCAACGGCAACGUGAAAUCACACGUUUUUACUUUCCGAAGUAAAGUUUAUUUUGAAUGUAACCCUGGUUUCAGGCUGAUUGGAGAAAAAUACCGCCAAUGUCAGGCGAAUCAAGAAUGGAGUGGACGUGCGCCAACCUGUAAAACAAUUAAUUGCGGAAGGUUGUCAACCCCUCAUAAAGCUUCGAUAGUUUCGGAAACUCACACAGGAUUUGGCGGUUACGUCAAAUAUCAGUGUAAGGAGAAAGGCUAUGAGCUGAUUGGCUCGGAGACUCGAGUUUGUCAAAACGAUGAACAGUGGAGCGGAGUUAAACCUUCAUGCCAAAUUGUAAACUGUGGGGAUCCAGGUACUCCAGCCAAUGGUAAACGAGUCCACAUUACAAAUGGUUUUCACUAUGGUAGCUCGGUGAAAUUCGCAUGUGACGCGAACUACAGUUUGGAAGGAUCCGGAAAAAUAACUUGUGAAGAAACAAAAGAGUGGAGUUCAUUUGUCCCACGAUGUCGGGCAUCAUGUUCUGACCCCGGUGAGCCAGUUAAUGGAGAUAAAAGGGGAGAUGACUUUAAGCAUGGGAAAACAAUAACAUUUCGAUGUCACGACGACUAUGAACGUGUCGGAGGAGAAACUAUCCAAUGCAUUGAUGGAAAGUGGAGUGCCAAACUACCUCAGUGCAAAGUUAUCUCGUGCGGAGAUCCUGGAACACCUCAACAUGGACGGCAAACGAAGGUCGUCAACAACUUUGCUUUCAGAGGAACUGUAGCAUUCCAGUGUGACGAUGGCUACACCUUGCUUGGCAAAUCUUUUCUUUCUUGCCAAAGGAGCAAGAUGUGGGAUGGAGAUGUUCCAAAGUGUUUAGCAUCCUGCGAUGACCCUGGGCAUCUACGUUAUGGGAUAACCAUUGGAAGUGGUUUCGAACACGACUCAGUCGUAAACUUCAAAUGCUUACCCUAUCGUGUUUUAAAAGGCGCCUCGCAGUCAAAAUGUGUCAACGGGAGGUGGACUGCACAGCUUCCAAAUUGUAAAGAUUGCAACGAAAGCCUGAGUGCCUCCAUGAUAGAUAAUAAGUGUGAAAUCACUAAAAGGUGGACUCGUCUUGAGAUAAAACUUCGAAAGGAAAGCGUAAUUACAGCGGCAAGUAUUCAGCUGGGCGAUGAUAGAGGAAACGUUCAAAAGAUUAGCAUCCGUGCGCUUCUUUCCGAUACUGAAUGGGCAAAAAUUGGUAAAGAAUUCAAGCCACCUUUCAGGGGAGAAGAAAAAUUGAAACUUUCUCAACCGGUUCUCACUCAGUCUUUUCAAGUUAUACUUAAAACACAAAGGAAGCUUUCCGAUUGUUCAACACCAAGAGUUUAUGGAUGUGACGCACUGCAGUGGGGUUGUAUUAUACCAGGCUCUGCAGUCCUCUUCAAAGAAGGAGGAAAAUAUCAUGAAUGGCGGUUUGCAUCUGUCCAGUCUUCUGGCGAGUGGGAAGUCGUCAAAGGAAAAGAUUUCAAAUAUAUAAGCAAAGAUAAUGUAAAAAACGUAAUUCUUGAUGAGAAACCUACCGUCAGCCAGCUGCUUGAAGGAACUGUAGUCGUUGGAAAAGAUUUGAGAGGGAACUUAAAGAAGGGAAAAAUAAAACGACCGUGCAGCUCUACUCAAUGUAUCAUUGAAACAAACGGUAAAGAGUGGCAGAGCGAAUUAGAAAACGUUCGAGUCUCCAAAGGAGAAUUGUGUAAAUAGUUUGUGUUUACUUGAUAUAUAAAAAGGGUUUACGUGCUAAGGGGAUGUUAGACUGUGCUUAAAAAUCUUCCAUGUUUCACUUUUGGUGGACUGUCGUCAAAAGGGAAUUUGUAGAAGCUAGAUCUGCCAAUAGGAUCGGAACUUCGGUCUCACGCGAAAUUUACAUAUAACCCG